AUGCUGGUUCAUCGGAAGGGUCUCUCCGUUAGGGUUAAUUCUGUCGGUCGUUCAGAAAAUAAGGAACUCAAGAAAGAACCCGUCAAGCAUGUCAACGACAAGGAAGCUAUUAUGGAAAUUGAUAACAAGGAAAAUGGUGGUAUUCCAUUGAAGAAGACGACAAAAGCCCCUUCAUUAACUAUUUACAAAGACAAUAUGUCGUCAUUUUGUCAACAUUGUGGGGCAAAGAGGUCUGGGGAUGGAAAGGCUGAAGAGAAAGCAUGUGCAUCAACGCAGACCACUGAGGCAGCACCAGUGAACGUAAAGGAAAUGCUUUCUUCAGAAACUCCCCCAGUUGAAUACUGGGUGGAUUUGGCGGAGCAGCGCCGUGAAGCCUUAGUUGAAACUUUGGACGAGAAUAAGGAACUGUGCGAACUUGUUGAAGUUUUGCAAACUGAAAUCACACGCCUGUCGAAGAUCGAGGAGUCUUUGCAAAGGUUCGUAAGUGACAUUAAGGCACUCGGAGUAGAAGCUGCAGAGUCACGAUCGUGA